AGAGAGAGAGAGGGCUUUGUUUGUUGGGGCUUUGGAUGGUUGGUUUUCAUUCUCUCUCUUUCUUCUCCCUUCGUUUUUGUUUGUGGAGAGGAGAGAACGCUGAAAGCUUUCACCUUCAUCCCCCGCUCUUUCUCUCUCUAAAUCUCUCUCUCUUUCUCUCUCUAUAUUUAUAUUUUCAAUUUCUCUAUCUGCGCAUUACCGCCGCCGCCGCCGACGGCUGAAUUCCGGUGGGGGAUCAGCAGCAGAAGCUCCGGUGUUGGAAUUCCGGCGGUGGUGAUGGGGAAUUUCUGAUUUAAUUUAUGGAGGUGGUUACCUCUCAUGGAAUACGACGCCGGAAUUUCGAUGUCCCAACCCUAUGAUGAAGAUACAUUGUGGCAAAUGAACUUGAGAUCAAGUGAAACAAUGGAAUUAGGACCUUAUCCUGUUCGUGAAGGAGAACCAGACUGUUCUUAUUACAUCAGAACAGGCCUAUGCAGAUUUGGGGCGACAUGCCGAUUUAAUCAUCCUCCUAAUAGAAAACUGGCUAUUGCCACUGCAAGGAUGAAGGGUGAAUACCCAGAAAGAAUAGGACAGCCUGAAUGUCAGUACUACUUGAAAACGGGAACUUGCAAGUUCGGAGCCACAUGCAAGUUUCAUCAUCCUAGAGACAAAGCUGGUAUUGCUGGAAGAGUUCCUGUAAAUGUUUUAGGCUAUCCACUUCGCCCGAAUGAAACUGAGUGUGCAUAUUAUUUGAGAACUGGGCAAUGCAAGUUUGGGAGCACUUGUAAAUUCCACCAUCCUCCACCAUCCAAUAUGAUGGUCUCGUUGCGUGGUUCUCCUGUUUAUCCUUCAGCCCAUUCUCCAACAACUGCUGAUCAGCAAUCAUAUCCUGGAGGAAUAGCAAACUGGCCCUUGUCAAGAGCUUCUUUUAUUCCCAGCCCACGCUGGCAAGGCCCUUCAAGUUACGGUCCCAUGAUCCUACCUCAGGGUGUGGUAUCAGUCCCAGGCUGGAAUGCGUACAGUGGUCAGCUGAGUUCAAUGUCGUCUCCAGAGAGUCAACAACAAACUGCUGGAAACAGUAUUUAUGGAAAUUCACGCCAGAGUGAAGCAGCAAAUGCAGGAUCUCAAGGGACACUUUCUCCAUAUCGAUCUGGUUCUGUACCUGUAGGAUAUUAUGCAUUGCAGAGGGAGAAUGUUUUUCCUGAGAGACCAGGUCAGCCUGAAUGCCAGUUUUACAUGAAGACUGGAGAUUGCAAGUUUGGUGCAGUUUGUAGGUUCCAUCAUCCCAGAGAAAGACUAAUUCCUGCUCCAGACUGUGUCUUGAGUCCAAUUGGCCUUCCUUUACGUCCAGGAGAGCCCUUGUGCAUUUUUUAUUCUCGUUAUGGUAUCUGCAAAUUUGGUCCAAGUUGCAAAUUUGAUCACCCUAUGGGAGUGCUCACAUACAAUCUCGCUGCAUCAUCAUCUUCAGCUGAUGCCCCAGUUGUUCGUCGUUUGUUGGCUUCAUCCUCAGGAAGUGGUGUAUUAGCUUUGUCUUCAGAAGGGCUUGUUGAAGCAGGCUCAUCAAAGCCCAGGCGACUUUCUCUGUCAGAAUCAAGAAGCAUGCCUUCUGGUGAUGAUAAAAUUGACACAGAGGGAUGAAUGCUCCUCAAAAAUGGGCCAGUUGCCCCCUUUUUCACUCUUAUGGAGGAUAAGCGAGAGUUAUCUGUAAAUUCAUUUUCUGUUGCUGGAGAUGUACAGAGUUCAUGUUCAAGUUGAAUCUGUUGACAGGCUUGAGUCGCUUGAUCCCUUUUAACUUCACUUUGCUGCAUUGUAUAAAUCUGCAAAUAUUGUUGCAUUUGGUAAACAGAUAUGAACACUUCAUCUGUUCUAAAAGGCCAUCUUUCUGGUUUACCGGAAUAAGUUAUUUUUAUU